CUUGUGGAAGAGGAGAGGAGACCCGUCCUGAGGAUUAUGCGUGUACAGCAAAGGUCUAGAAGAUGAUAGGGUCACCCGCCCUGUUUGUGGCGCUGCAAGCAUUAAUAUUUUUCCCCAGAAGGUCGGCACAGCAAGCAAGAUGCGAGAAUAUAUACGACUCCGACAUAGUGUUUGUCAUCGAUGGGUCUUCGAGCAUCGGAAGGGCGAAUUACCGAAUGAUCAAGACGUUUAUGGAAGGUUUGGUGAUUCCAUUUGUAAAUGUGGUCGGCCAGGACACAGUGCGUUUUGGUGUGGUGCAAUACAGUGAUGAUCCAAGAACAGAGUUUGAAUUUUCUCGAUACCGGAACGGGAGCGAUGUGAUCCAGGCAAUCCGGAACCUGGGCUACAAGGGUGGAAACACGCGUACUGGCGCAGGCUUGAGAUACGCUGCAGACAACUUCUUUGGCCCAGGCACUAUUCGGGCCAAUGUUCCCAAGAUUGCAAUCCUGAUCACGGAUGGAAAGUCGCAGGAUGACGUAGAUGAGCCUUCCGAGAGGCUAAAGAGUCAAGGAAUCAAAAUAUUUGCUGUUGGAAUUAAGAACGCUGACAGUCGGGAACUGACGCGGGUGGCCUCCACUCCGGCUGACGACUUUUUCUUCUACGUCAACGACUUCAAGAUUCUCACCACUCUGCUGCCUCUGGUGUCGCGGAAAGUCUGUGUGACCACUGGAGGAACCUACCUGCCUGAAGGCUCCGCUUACACAGGACCUUCCAACCUGGUUUUCACUGAUCAGACAACUGGCUCCCUGAAGAUACAAUGGACAGCGGCCACCGGGCCCGUCACCGGCUACAAAAUUGUCUACGGUCCUCUGACAGGUCAAGGGCAGCCGAUCCCACUGGAGCUGAGAGAGAUCACCGUGACAGCAGCGCAGACAACCGCCGUCCUUGAUAGCCUCCGAGCUGCGACAGAGUAUUCGGUUUUAAUCACGGCAUUAUACGCCGACAGCAUUGGCGAGUCUGUGUCCGGCAAAGGGAGAACAUUAAGUGCAGCUGGGAUAUUGAACUUCCGCGUGGCAGAGGCCGGUCCAUCCUUCCUCAGGAUAGCAUGGUCCAUUGCUGGAGCAGAGUCGCCAACUGGAUACCGGCUGACCUAUUCUGUCAGAGGUGAUGGCAGGACGGCAGAGAAGACUUUGAGUGGAAGUGCACUGUCAGAUACUCUUAGUGAACUGAGACCCGAUACUGAGUAUGUCCUGGUACUGUAUCCUCAAUUCCUGAGGCAAACGGGCACACCUGCGACAAUUAGCGGACGCACACGGCGUGUAGAUGGGGUGACAGAUCUCAAUAUUCAGGACGUGACAUCCCAAAGCAUGAGGAUCACAUGGAGAGGGAUCAGAGGUGCCACUGGCUAUCGCAUCUCCUGGAUAUCUCAGUCAGGGGAUGACACAAAAGACUUUGAUGUCGGUCCAUCUAUUGAGACUUACUUCAUCCAGAACCUCGAGCCCAGCACCGAUUACACCGUGUCCGUCAGUCCACUUUUUGGGGCCACAGAGGGGCCAGCGACAUCUAAUAGGGUGAAAACAGAAUCGGGGAUUGUCCAGGAACUGAGAACGUUUGCCAACAGUCCCACUUCAAUCCAGGUGACAUGGAACCUCAUCCCAGAGGCUACCGGCUACAGGCUGGAAUGGAGGCAAGCUCGAGGUGGUCCUAAGGCUCCGCAGAUUGUGAAUCUCCCUACUACCACCAACCAAUAUGAAAUUACCGGGCUGCGGCCAGGAACAGAGUACCGGAUAACACUCUUCACCUUGUAUGAUGGCAGAGAGGUGGCAACGCCAGCAACCACCUAUGAAACGGGUCCUGUCGGUACGGUUACCAACCUGCGCCUUGUAGAUGUCAGCGGCAAAAAAAUCCGCUUGGAGUGGACGGCAUUGGCGGGCGCUACGGAAUACAAGGUGGUGAUUCGCAGCGCCGAUGGAUCUUUUGAAAGAGUGAGACGAGUUUCAGGCAACCAAAACACGAUUGAACUCAACAGUCUUCAAGAAGGUGCGUCGUAUGAGGUGUCUAUAUCAGCGCUGAUCGGUCGAAGGGAGGGCUCGGCUGUUUCCAUCACUGUCCAGACAGAAGCAGCGUCGAUUGGCGGUGUGACAAACCUUCGUGCCUUGGAAGCAAGAGGACAACGGAUCCGCCUGGCCUGGAGAGGAGUCCCUAGAGCCACCGAAUACAGAAUCCUCAUCAGAAACUCCGAAGAUGGGACAGAGAGAAGCCAGGUAAUUCCAGGAGAUCAGACAACAUUCGAGUUGACCGAUGUGCAGGAAGGCAUCACGUACGUAGUGAGGGUGACCCCAGUGGCGGGAACGAAUGAAGGAACGCCUGUGACCAUCAACGUCAGAACAGAAUCAGGCAUUGGCGGAGUGGCCAACCUUCGAGUGGCGGAGACUACAGCCAACAGAAUCCGCAUUGUCUGGACUGGCAUAGCGAGAGCUACAGGAUACAGGAUUAGAUGGAGACUAAGUGAUGGUCGUGAGACCAUCAGAACCCUCCCUGCGGGGACAACAUCAUAUGACAUUGAUGGACUGCAGGCAAACAAUCUGUAUGUCAUUGGGGUGACUGCACUGGCUGGUAACACGGAAAGCAGUCCGGUGACCAUCACAGCUCGGACAGCUUCUGCAGAAGAUGACACAGUGGACAAAGUCACCAAUCUGAGGUUCCAGAGCCUUACUGAUAACACCAUACGUGUGGAAUGGAGCCCGGUCUCCAGAGCCACAAACUACCGGAUUACGUGGAGACGUAGAGAUGGAGUUGAAGUGUCACGGCUGGUCACCAGGGAUGUGACAGCAGUCGAUAUUACAGAUUUAGUGCCCGGGACCGCCUACACUAUCUUCGUCUCGACGCUUAUAGGCUCAAGAGAGAGCGAUGCGCAGUCUCUCACUGCGGAAACUCGACAACAGGAAGUCGGCGCUGUCACAAGCCUUCGAGUCUUCGAGAGCCAGAAUACCAUACGGGUGACGUGGGUUGGUGUUCAGGGAGCCACAGCAUACAGGGUUUUAUGGAGCCCCGAGGAUGGUGGUCCGGAGCAAUCCAGAGAGGUCCCAGGAAGCACCAGUUCCUUUGAGCUGGUCAACCUGACCGCAGGUUUGCGAUAUACUGUGCAAGUCAUAGCACUGGUGGGCAACCGGGAGGGACAACCAGUCAGCACAAGUGUCACAACACCGGACAUCCCGGUUGCUGUAAAUCCCGUCAGAGAUCUCCGGGUGAUAGACAUAUCACGCCAGCGGGUUAGGCUGACAUGGUCGGUGGUUUCUGGAAGUUCCGGCUACCGGAUUUAUUGGCGACAGGUGGAUGGUGGUCCGGAAACGAGUCGCUUGGUGGCCGGAGAUGUGGGGUUCCAUGACAUCGACAGCCUGAUAUCUGGCGCUCGCUAUCAAUUCCGUGUGACCUCAUUGUCUGGAAGCCAGGAGAGUGAAGCUGUAACCACCUUGGCAAACACCCUUUGCGGAAAUGGAAGGUUGGAUAUCGUCUUCUUGGUGCAUACCACACAGGACAACCAGUUCAACGAAGAGGCGAUCAAAAGAUUCCUCUCACGCGUCGUCUCCUCAGUUGGACCUCUGGGAUCAAAUGCCACUCAGGUGUCUGUGGGCUCGUACAGCUUCCGGCAACGUCCCUCUGUGCUGCUGAACCGAUCCAGCGAGCUCAGAACGGUCCUACAACAAAUCCAAAACAUCCCCUUUACUGAUCCGAGUGGAACUGCUAUCGGUGGAGCCAUAGACUUUGCAAGGAACUAUUUGUUCUCACCGGUUUAUGGAAGGAGACAGAGCGUGCCCGGGGUUUUGGUGCUCUUGGCGGAUGGGCCAUCCUCGGAUGACGUGUCACAGGCGGCAAAUGCUAUCAGGGCUACUGGGGUUCGAGUGCUGGCAGUAGGAAUGAACGAGGCUGACCAGGAACAGCUGCGAAGGAUAGUCACGGGCCAGAGUGCUCAAAAUGUCUUCUACACCGAAGAGGCGGUCAACCUGAACAGCAUGGCGGAUCGCUUAGCGGAGGCCAUUUGUUUUGUCUCUCAAGCAGGGCUUUUCUUCUUUUCUUUGUCUAGGAGCCAUGCACAGUACAAUGCCCGCAGGGAGAAAGGGGACCGAAAGGUGAUCCGGGAGCCACUGGGCGUCAAGGAUUGCAGGGAACUCCAGGAGAGCCAGGUCGGAGUGGGUCCCCCGGCCCUCAAGGUCCCGUUGGGCCCCGUGGACCACCGGGUGAGGGGACAGCAACAAGAGCAGAGAAAGGAGACACUGGUGAGCCGGGGGCAGACGGGCUCCCAGGAACACCGGGACGUCCCGGAAAUCCUGGCACGGCAGGCACACUGGGGGCUAAAGGAGAUAAAGGAGAAACUGGGGAUACGGGACGUACGGGGCCCGCUGGUCCCAAAGGAGAGAGAGGCUUUCCGGGAGAGAAAGGAGAACGAGGUGAGAGAGGACUUCCAGGACUGGUUAAUGGAGUUGCAGUCAAAGGAGAACCCGGUGGUCCAGGCUCUCCCGGUCUUAAUGGGGCGCCAGGUCUUCGGGGAGCACCUGGAGCACAAGGGCAAAAAGGCGACAAGGGACCCAGAGGCCCUCCUGGUGAACAAGGAGCAAAAGGUGACCGAGGACUGGCUGGCCUGGAUGGAGAACCCGGCAAUAAGGGUGAUCGUGGUCCUCAAGGUUUCCAAGGUCUUAAGGUCAGGAUCUCUGGGGCAAAAUGGUCUACCAGGAGCAGUAGGACCUGCGGGACCUAUAGGGUCACAAGGUAUCCAAGGUGAAAAGGGUAACCAAGGAGCUCCUGGAGAGCCUGGCAAAGUGGUUUCCAUAGCACCCGGGAUGAAAGGAGAUAAGGGUGAUCGCGGCUUUCAAGGGCUGGAGGGGCCAAAGGGUGCCAGAGGAGAGCCAGGAGAGAAAGGAGAGAGGGGUGCUCAAGGUUUUGGGAGUCCUGGGCAGGCAGGAGCGAAGGGUGAACCAGGAGAGAGGGGUCUUAUUGGUCUUGCUGGAAAGACCGGUGCAAAGGGAGACUCUGGAGACCCAGGACAGAAUGGAGAACCUGGAAAAACUGGUUCACAGGGACCCAUCGGACCUCGUGGUAAGGAAGGAGAAAGAGGAGAGAAAGGAAAUGACGGAACCCUGGGCGAACCUGGAACCCCAGGAAGUCCUGGAGAGAGGGGUCUGAGGGGUCUUCCAGGAAUGAGGGGCGUCGUGGGAGAAAAGGGAGACCAAGGGGAGCCGGGAGAAGAUGGAAGGAAUGGAAGCCCUGGACAGCCCGGUGGUAAAGGUGAACGUGGUGACCUGGGCCCCCAGGGACCACAAGGACCACCAGGGAAAUCAGCUUCCAUUGAAGGUUUAACUGCUGGAUUGAAAGGGGAUAAGGGAGAUGCUGGAGACCCCGGAGAGCAUGCGAUGAAGGGACAGAAGGGUGAACUUGGGGCGAAUGGUCUUGCUGGAGAGAGGGGUGUUGAAGGACCCAGAGGACCUCCAGGAAAUCGGGGGGACCCUGGAGAUCGAGGUGCACCUGGCGAAAAGGGAGACCGUGGACCUCCAGGAGGUGACGGAAGAAAUGGACUCGAUGGGAAGCCUGGACAGCCAGGACCUGCGGGACUAAGAGGUGACCUAGGAAAACAAGGGGAGCCUGGGAGAGAUGGACUUCCAGGACUUCGAGGAGAUCAAGGACCGCCAGGACCGAUUGGUCCAGUAGGCCCCCCAGGGGUAGCGGGGAAACCUGGAGAAGAUGGCAAACCUGGUCUGAAUGGUAAAAAUGGAGAAGAAGGAACUCCUGGAGAAGACGGAAGGAAGGGUGACAAAGGUGAAUCGGGGCCUUCUGGCAGAGAUGGUCGUGAUGGAUCCAAAGGUGCUCUAGGAGACUCUGGGCUAACAGGCCCCCCUGGGCCACCAGGCAUUCCCGGACAGCCAGGGCCAAUUGGUCCUCCAGGACAGGGAAUUCCAGGGAUAGCUGGGAUCCCAGGAUCUAAGGGAGACCGUGGAGAGAUGGGGCCUAGAGGUGAACAGGGGAGACCUGGUGAAUUUGGACUGAAGGGUGAACCUGGAAGCGCCGCAAAUGUGGAGAAAUCACUUGGCCUCUUAGGAAUCAAGAUUUCUGCCCUGAAAGAUGUCUCUGAGUUGUAUGAGGAUGGCUCUGGAGCUACUGGCCAGCGGAGAAUGAAAGGAGAGCCAGGAGAGGCUGGAGAUAAAGGAGCACCUGGUAGAGAUGGCACAAUUGGAUUUCCUGGAGAGAGAGGCCAAAAGGGAGACAAGGGUGACCAAGGCGAAACAGGACCCCAGGGCCCAACUGGGCGAGCUAUUGGAGAAAGAGGCCCAGAAGGUCCUCCAGGGCCACCAGGAGACUCUGGAAAACCUGGAAUCCCAGGAGUACCCGGUAGAGCAGGAGAACCAGGAGAGCAAGGAAAACCAGGAGAUAAGGGAACAAGAGGAGAAAAGGGGGAACACGGAGAGAAUGGUAAAGAUGGUCAGCGGGGACCGAUUGGACCUCAAGGCCCCAAGGGGGAAGUUAUAGAAAUGAUUGCCACUGGACUUCCUGGAGAAAGAGGAUUGCCGGGACCGAAAGGGAGCGUGGGAGACCCAGGAGAAGAUGGAGGGAGAGGACCCAAAGGCGAUAAGGGAGCUGGUGGGCCAAAAGGAGACAAAGGUGACCCUGGAGAUAAGGGCAGAGACGGGCAGCCGGGUGCCACCGGAGAGAGAGGGUUGGCAGGGCCCGAAGGAAAACCGGGCAUGCCGGGCUUCCCAGGAGUUCUCGGACGACCGGGUACCCCAGGAGAGCCAGGUCAGCAAGGACCCCCUGGUCCCUCAGGACCUGCUGGACCAAAGGGCGGUACAGGAGAGCCUGGUCCCAGUGUGCGGGGGAUACCAGGUCCACAAGGGGUUGCUGGACCUCCGGGACCUUCUGGUCCUGCUGGACAAGUGGGCGCACAAGGACCUCCAGGAAUUGCUGGGCUAGUGGGUGAACCGGGGAAGAACGGGCUGCCUGGAAGAGAUGGGUUACCAGGAAAAGACGGGGAGCCUGGACUUCCUGGGAAGAUGGGUAUUCCAGGUCCUUCUGGUCCUGCUGGAGGCAAAGGAGAGCCAGGAGAAGCUGGAGUUCCAGGAGAGUUUGUUGUUGGAGCUCCUGGAGCUAAAGGAGAGAAGGGAGCUCCUAGUGACCAGGCUGACAGAUUACCGGGUGAACGGGGUGAAAAGGGAGACAGAGGACCACAGGGUACAAGAGGAGACAAGGGGGAGCCAGGGAAAAAAGGAGAUUCUGGAGAGGCCGGCGAAAAUGGGGCCAGAGGACCUCCUGGAUCAAAAGGAGAUAAAGGUGAUGUUGGAGUUGGGUUGCCUGGACCAGCAGGACAACUGGGACCACAAGGUUUGAAGGGUGAUGUUGGAUUGCCGGGACCUCCUGGACCUCCUGGUCUGCAGGGUACAGCAGGAAACCCUGGUCCUCCGGGUCAGAGAGGAGAACCUGGACAAACAGGCCAACCAGGAGCACCUGGGGAGAGGGGUUUGAUUGGCUUUCCUGGAAGAGAAGGCAAUCCAGGUGUGCAAGGACCAGCAGGGGCAAGUGGCCCAGCGGGCCAUCCAGGACCUCCAGGAAUAAAGGGCGAUAAGGGUGACCAAGGAAUUGGUCUGCUGGGCCCAAGAGGAGAGAGAGGCGACUCAGGACCCAGAGGAGAAGAUGGACGCCCCGGAUUGGAAGGGGACCGUGGCCCCGCUGGGCUUCCUGGAAACAGAGGCGAACGAGGGGACAAGGGUGAUGCGGGCCCCAUGGGAAUUAAAGGAGACAAGGGUGACACUCUGACUAUUGAAGGACCUCCCGGUGCUAGAGGAAAUAAAGGAGAAUUGGGAGAACGAGGAUUGAAAGGUUCUGAAGGAGAAAAGGGGGAUAAAGGAGACCAAGGAAUUGGCGGCGAAAGGGGAGUUAAAGGAGAAGCAGGAGACAAGGGCGCCACUGGCUUUUUAGGUCCUCGGGGGCCAGGUGGACAAAAGGGUGAGACUGGAGAAUCGGGUGAACCGGGAGAGGCGGGUAAGCCAGGUAAGGAUGCCUUACCUGGACCACGUGGGGAGAAAGGAGAUGCUGGUCUAAAUGGCUUAAGAGGACCAAAGGGAGACCGCGGCAUUAAGGGAGCUUGUGGCCAGGAUGGUGAGAAAGGAGACAAGGGUGACACGGGAAUGCCAGGCCGCCAUGGUAUUCCAGGAAGGAAGGGUGAAUUGGGAGAAGCUGGCAUCCCAGGACAGCCUGGCCUACCUGGGAAAGAAGGACUUAUUGGUGCCAAGGGUGACAGAGGCAUUGAAGGACUACAGGGUAAUAAAGGUGAUCAAGGAGAGAAAGGCGAGAGGGGUCCUGUAGGGCCAAAUGGUCCAACUGGCACAAGAGGGAUCGAUGGGAUUUCAGGCCCUCCGGGUCCUCCAGGACCUGCUGGUCCAAAAGGCCCUGAAGGUCUUCAAGGACAGAAGGGUGACAGGGGCCCUUCUGGAGAGGCAAUUGUGGGGCCACGUGGAGUUCCGGGAGUCACAGGAGAACGGGGUGAGCAGGGUCUGAUGGGACCAGAUGGAGGUAGAGGAGAGAAGGGAUCUCCAGGAAUGACAGAGGAGGAAGUCCGCAGUUAUGUGAGGCAGGAGAUGAGCCAGCAUUGUGCUUGCGGAGGUUACUUUUCUGACAACCCAUCUCCCCCAUCAUAUCCGCCUAGCCCACGUCUAGUCCCAGUCCCAGCUCUUAAGUUUACUCACAUUGAUGAAGAUGAGGGACGAGAACUUAGGGUGGUGGUGAACACCAAUGACCCGGAUUAUGAGCACAUAUACACGGUGGAUGAUUACAAGGAUAUUGAUGAAGAUGGCACAGAGAGCACGAUAAUGAAAGAUGACACAACCAUUCCAACAGUAUCAGAGGCGAGCUUACGGAGUAAGAGAGAUACAUCAGUACAGGAUAUAUGCAGCUUCCCCAUGAAGGAGGGUGAAUGUACAAAGUACACGCUGAAAUGGUAUUAUAACCACCUAGUGAGAGAGUGUCGCCCGUUUGUGUUCAGUGGCUGCGGUGGGAACCUGAACCGAUUUGACGAGAAGGAGCAAUGUGAGCUACACUGCGUACACAGAAAAGUAGAAGAUAAACUGCAGCAAAACGGAAGCUAAAAGACAAGAAGAUCUAGAAAAACAAAUCUGUAUAUUGUAAUAUUUUUGUAAGAUUUGCUACAUUUGCAAAAAAAAAAGAAAACUUGC